AGUGUGGUUGGCCCAGAUCCUGGGAAUUCAGCAACCUUUGGAAAGCUGUGCAGUACACCAGGGCAGCUGCGGUCACCACCGGUGAGGUCCUGCAUCCACAAGGGCAGAAAAAUAUGACUCCUGCUGUGUUGCUGGCCAUGCUGUGCUUCAGAAUGGUCUUAUCUUCACCAGCACCUGAUCCCGUUUUGGAUGCUGAAUGGCAGAAAUGGAAAAUAAAAUAUGAAAAAACAUACAGCCUGGAGGAAGAAGGACAGAAGAGAGCAGUAUGGGAAGAAAAUAUGAAAAAGAUCAAACUGCACAAUGGGGAGAAUGGCCUAGGGAAGCAUGGUUUCACCAUGGAAAUGAAUGCCUUUGGUGACAUGACAAUUGAAGAAUUCAGGAAAUUAAUGAUUGAAAUCCCAAUCCCAACCAUCAAGAAAGACAACAGUGUACAGAAACGUCAGGCUGUUAACGUGCCCAACUUUAUAAACUGGAGGAAGAGAGGCUAUGUUACCCCUGUGCGGAGACAGGGAAGAUGUAAUUCUUGUUGGGCUUUUUCUGUGGCUGGUGCCAUAGAAGGACAGAUGUUCCGGAAAACAGGUCAACUGAUCCCUCUGAGUGUACAGAACCUGGUGGACUGCUCUAGACCUCAAGGCAACCUGGGCUGUUCUUUAGGCAAUACAUACUUUGCAUUGCAGUAUGUGAAGGAAAAUGGAGGUCUGGAAUCUGAGGCAACCUAUCCAUAUGAAGGAAAGGAAGGAUCCUGCAAGUACCAUCCUGAUAAUUCUACUGCUAGUAUCGCAGGCAUUGAGUUUGUCCCAAAGAAUGAGCAUGCAUUAAUGAAUGCUGUGGCGACACUAGGGCCCAUUUCUGUUGCAAUUGAUGCAAGGCAUGAAUCCUUCUUGUUCUAUAGAAAUGGUAUAUAUCAUGAGCCAAAGUGCAAUAGUUCUGUUGUCACACAUUCUAUGUUACUGGUUGGCUAUGGCUUUGUAGGAGAAGAAUCAGAUGGCAGGAAGUACUGGAUUCUUAAGAACAGCAUGGGAAAUAAAUGGGGCAACAGAGGCUAUAUGAAGAUUGCCAAAGACCAGGGUAACCACUGUGGAAUUGUUACAUAUGCCCUUUAUCCAAGGGUGUGAAUUGCCUGGUGGUGACAAGGAAGGAAAGAACAGAAGACAACACGGAGAGAAGAGGCACUUCCAUUUCAAAACAGCUGGCCAUUCUUGUGUAUAUAAGACACUGCUGUCAUUGAAAAGCCAGUUGUGAGAGAAUGUUGUGAUAUGUUUACUCUUGUAAGACAUGACCACUACUGUACC